CAGCGCGUCUCUCCGCCGGUAACCGGCGCUGCUGUUGCCGCUGAUGGAGAGAGGGAGACAGGCGGAAGGUGGGUGUGGACAUCCGAGCCAUUGUCGGGAUAAACGCACCUCACGCUCGGGCGGCUGAACGCUGAGCUCGCGCUAAUCCGCGCAGGAGAAGACUGAAUAAACAACUCGGCUCUGGCCAAAGCUUGAUUUUAGGAAUCUGACACCAUGACUGCAGAGGAGAUUAUAAACAUCAAAGAAGCAGAGAUAAUCAAGCUGAUCCUGGACUUUCUGAACUCCAGAAAGCUCCACAUCAGUAUGCUGGCCCUGGAAAAAGAGAGCGGCGUCAUUAAUGGGCUUUAUUCAGAUGAUAUGCUCUUCCUGAGGCAACUUAUAUUAGACGGGCAAUGGGAGGAAGUUUUGCAGUUCAUCCAGCCGUUGGAGUGCCUAGAUAAAUUUGACAGAAAGAAAUUUCGAUAUAUCAUCCUAAAACAGAAGUUUCUGGAAGCUCUGUGUGUAAACAACGCCAUAUCUGCGGCAGAUGACCCUGAGAAUCUGGAGCUGACCAUGCAAGACGCGGUGAAGUCCCUUCAUUCCCUGGAAGAGUUCUGCCCAACCAAAGAAGACUACAGCAAACUCUGCCUGCUCCUCACGCUCCCGCGCCUCACCCACCACGCCGAAUUCAAGGACUGGAACCCCAGCACGGCCCGCGUGCACUGCUUCGAGGAGGCCUGCUCCAUGGUGGCCGAAUUCAUCCCUGCCAACCGCAAACUGAGCGAAGCCGGAUUCAAAGCCAGCGGCGACCGUCUGUUCCAGCUCCUCAUCAAGGGAAUCCUGUACGAAUGCUGCGUUGAGUUCUGCCAGAGCAAAGCCACUGGAGAGGAAAUCAAUGAGGAGGAGGUUCUCCUCGCCGUCGACGUCCUGUGCGGGAACGGUUGCGAGGAACUGGACUUGAGUUUGUUGUCUUGGCUGCAAAACCUCUUGCCGUCGGUCUUCGCUUGCGCAUUUGAGCAGAAGACCCUCAGCAUCCAAGUGGACCGGCUCGUCAAACCGGUCCGGACGGGUCACGCAGAUCUUCUCACACCUCUGCUCACCAAACUCUCGCCCUGCCCAGCAUCGCCUCUGCGGCGGCCCCACUCGGCGGAUACUUACAUGUCCCGCUCUCUCAAUCCCGCCCUGGACGGUCUGUCCCACGGCUUGGUGGGAAGGGAAAAGAAAAGCACGGAGGGUGACGGGAAAGCAACGGCCAUGUCGCAGUCGUUCGCCAACUUUGGGUAUCCUUCAGGAGGAAAUGGAAGCAAAAACGCAAUGGAGAGCAACAUCCUCAGUGAUUCGCCUGACAGAGCACCGGACGAGAGGAUAAACGGCUCAGGAGGAGCGAACUCACUGCGUCCUCCACUGACUCCAGGCAGAGAUGGUGGAGCCAUGGGUUCAGCUGAAAAAUCGGAGGAGCAGCUUCAGGAGUUCCAGCGGCAGCGGCUGCGGGUGCAGCAGCAUCUCGAGCAGAAGCAGCAGCAGAGGCAGCUGUACCAUCAGAUGCUGCUGGAGGGUGGAGUUCAUCCCCCAGAUCAGCCCACAGACGCAGCGCAGCACAAUCUCACACAGAAGUUCCUCAACAGGUCCAUUCAGAAACUGGAGGAGCUGAACGUGGGAAUGGAGGACCUGGGUGAAGACGUCCAGGCUUUGGCCCAGCAGUGUAACGGUACGGCAGCGAGCGGAGCCAGUAAACAGACCCCAGAGACCGGCUCAGGCCAGAACAAGACCGCAGUGAUCAGCAGCACCCCUCAGAAGGGAGGAGGCCGAGGCGUCCCAUCUCUGGACGAGUCCCCAGUGCUGGUCAACCAGAGUGUGUUUCAGGACGAGAAACCCAAAUCCCCAUUUGUUGCAGUGCAGACGCUGGAGGACACACAGGCUGUGCGCGCGGUCGCCUUCCACCCGUCCGGGACCCUCUACGCAAUCGGUUCCAACUCCAAAACACUGCGUGUCUGCACUUACCCACAAUCCCUCAAAACCAGCGCUCAGGGUCCAGUAAAACAGCCUGAGAUCUGCUUUAAGCGUAUUAAACACCAUAAAGGCUCUAUUUACUGUGUGGCCUGGAGUCCCUGUGGGCAGCUUCUCGCCACGGGCUCCAAUGACAAGUAUGUCAAAGUUCUUCCGUUCAAUGCGGACACCUGCAACGCCACAGGUCCAGAUCUAGAGUUCAGCAUGCAUGACGGCACCAUCAGAGACCUGGCGUUUAUGGAGGGUCCCGAAAGCGGAGGGGCGAUCCUGAUCAGCGCUGGGGCUGGAGACUGUAACAUCUACACCACUGACUGCCAGAGAGGACAGGGGCUGCACGCGCUCAGCGGACACACAGGACACAUCCUGUCUCUGUACACGUGGGGCGGGUGGAUGAUCGCCUCCGGCUCUCAGGAUAAGACGGUGAGGUUUUGGGACCUGCGUGUGCCCAGCUGUGUGAAGGUGGUUGGGACGGCCCUGCAUGGAACAGGAAGUGCUGUGGCCUCGGUGGCGGUGGAUCCCAGUGGGCGGCUCAUGGCCACCGGAUUGGAGGACUGUCGCUGCAUGCUUUAUGACAUCAGAGGAGGUCGAAGCGUCCAGGCGUAUCGGCCGCACACCAGCGACGUGCGUUCAGUGCGCUUCUCUCCUGGAGCUCACUAUCUGCUCACCGGCUCCUACGACAACAAAGUCAUGAUCACUGACCUUCAAGGGGAUCUCACCAAAACGCUGCCGGUCAGUGUGGUCGCUGAACACGCCGAGAAAGUGAUCCAGUGCCGGUGGCACACCAGAGACCUGUCCUUCCUGUCCUCCUCAGCCGAUAAGACGGUCACACUGUGGGCAUAUCAGCCUUAACCACAGCAGAAGCCAAACACCGGAGUGAACGAGUGUGUCAGUGUGUGUUUGUUUGUAUUUCUUUGUAACUUCAGUACACUCACAUGAGGGGAAAAAAAAACCGGCUGUUGAUUCUCAGUCCUAGUCAUGUCUACAUCUGGAAUCGCAUGUCUACUGGAAGAAACGGCUUUAUUGUCAAAUAUAUUGCAAUUCAGAAACAACUAAAACAUGGAAAAAGCCACGCGUAGCAUUGCUUCUAUAUUUUGCUAUUUCAAGUGAACGAAACAGUCCUGAAAAUGUGAGCUGAAUUGUGCCUUGAGGUGAUGUUCUCUGUAGUUACACUUCUGGAACUGAUUGUCUUGUAAAUAUGAGCUUUUGUAUAGGCUUAAACGCUAACUUAUAAGAUCAUUGUAUAGCACACUGCACUAUAGACUUCACUCACUGAGCCACUGUUUAUGCCGCAUGAAUAGUCAUGUCUUUAUUUAAAUCAAUGUAAAUGACGCGAUGCUGCGUAAAUGCUGAGGAUAAAAGUUUGGUGAAAGUCGUCCUCCUCGGUGUUAAAAUGGUUUCAUGCAUUUUUAGGAAUGCUUUUAUUUUGGAUUGUCAUUUUUCCUAAUGCAUAUAUUUAUAUGCAUAAUAUGCAUCACUUUUGCACAUAAAUUGAGCACCUUUUUGUAUUGAUGCAGAGGACAGUUAGAGGACUCUCUAAUCACUUGAUGUACAAAGUAUGUAUUAGUAAUUUAUUUGA